GAGAACACGUCCCAAAAAGCUGAGUACGAAUCGUCGGGAUCUCCUCCGGAGAUAUUCCAGAGAGGACGCCGCAUAAUGGAGCUCGACUUCCUGUCGACGUUCUUCACGAAAUAUGUCGGGAGAUUCGUGAAUUUGCCGCGGCCUCCCCGCUACUUCCGCCGGCAUUCGAUCGCGAGCGCCUUUGCUGGCCUUCCAGACCAUCUGCUCUACAGAAUUUUCUUGCUUUUAGACAGUGACACUCUGCUGUACAUAUCGAUCAUAAACAAGCACUUCUACAAUGUAGUUGCGUACAUGAUUUACUCCCAACAAGCGCAGAUAAAGAACAUAACGAGACCCAUUCGAGUUUACUUAAUGAUCAAUGGACACAAGCUGAGAACACUGGACUUGUCGUACUGCACCCCGAACGAGGUCUGCCUUCGGAAGAGUCUCGAGUCGUGUCCGAAUCUCGUUGAACUCAACCUGUUGAACGUCGACAUUCCACACCCAGGAGUGAUUGAUUUCGUCACACAGCUGAAGGUUUUGGAAGAGCUCACUUGUCCCGUCCUGCCGCCAGUUGAUAAGUUGCGCGAAGAUUCCGAUGACGAUGAUGAUGACGACGAUGAUGAUGAAUUCGAAUAUGACUAUCGAGUGUUUUCAAGACUCACUCGUCUCAACAUCGAGGUGAGGCCCGAGCCUGCUACGUUUCGACCCCUCUUCGAAAUCUUCAACAGAUGCAUAGUGAUCCACGCCAUACACAUGAAUGUGAUCGGAAGCGAGACUUGCGGAAACAAGGAGCCAGACCCCAAUGUGGGGCUGGAGAAGAAACGAUGGCGAACCUUGCGGAAGUUCGCGCUGACAGUUAGCAUGUCAGACUGUGUUAAAUAUCAUCGUUAUUAUUUAGAUAGGGUUUUCGCGAAUAAUCAAGACCAACGGAUCCUUGAUUGGAUCUCGGCAGACAGAGAGUGCUACGUGUACGAAAACAAGAAGGUCAACGGUGAAAUCACGUACGGUCCUCAAGUCGAAGAUACCUGGCUCAGCAAAGUGAAUCACAUUUUCUUCGAGGACUGGAAGCAGCUCAUGCGUUCGCCGCCGCCCCCGGGACAUCCGCGGGAAAUUCGUCUCAGCCGGAGACAGGCGUCUCACGAAGGCAUCCCGCCAAAGCUGUUCGGGGCAAUCAGAAGCAGGAUUUCGAGUCUUGUCGAGCUGGAUGUCAUCGAUUGCCACGACUUCGUCCCUCAGAAUCGACUGCGGGAAUUCUUCGAAUCGUGCGUGAACUUGGAAGCCUUGGCGAUCUCUGUGUGCCUGCUGAUUCCUCCGGAGCCGGUUGGGGAUUUCCCCGAGACGCUCAGCGGGAUCUUCUCGAGGAUGAGGCUGAAGCGAUUUUACGUUCAAGGAUUCCACGUGACCUACAAUAGAAGAGCUUCGAAGCGCUUCACGCGGUGUGCCGUAUGCAAAAGCAGCGGAAGGAAUUUCACGAGGCUGAGCACGCCGUCUUUCGAGAACUUGCAAUAUCUUGACGAACUGACCUUCUUCCACAUCGUGGUGGAAGAAGGCGCCCUCCCAUUCCUGGUCAACCCGAAGGCGCACACGAUACGGCUAACUCUGAACUCGGAAAGUACGGCUAGGGAGUGGGGCGUUUUUCUGCGAGGAUGCACAAACUUGAAAUAUUUCGCUGUCUCGCAUGAGCUCUUCGAAACGACAGGCCGAGGCGCAAUUAGCAUUUGCGAUGCUCUUCAUGAAAGCCCGCGACUGAAGGAAGUGUGUCUUGGCGUGGGUCCCACAUCUUCUCUUCCGAGGAACGUCGGACAGGCGGCCCCUCACCUCAACCUCCUGCAUACGCAUACCCUGCAACAAGGAGUCCGGGUGGAUACUCCGGACUUUUUCGCCCUGAAAUCGCCGCAUAGAUCGCUGGAUUCUGUCUUCGAUUUCGACAUGGAUGCGAUCCCCGAAGAUCCUGAAAGGGCUGUUUCGACGCGGAGAGCCUACUCCCGCAACAUCCGAGGCAUCUCGGCACGUAGACUAUGUUAUUCGGAAAAUUUCAUUGGACUGCUCACACCCAAAGGAUGGGAAUAG